GCGGCGCGCAGAGGGAGGUGAGCGGAGCGGAGCUGGGAGGCAAGGAGGCCCCGCCCCCGCCUCUCUCAGAGCCGGCUCUUGGUCGCCUCCGAACCCGCUCACUUUGCUGUCGCCUCUGGACGGCGGCGGGGCGGUUGCCAGAGCUGCAGCGGGAGGGAGCGCCGGGGACCGGGAGCCAUCCCGCAUUGGCAUCUCCACCGGUGCCCGUGCCCGUCUGGGGGGACAGCGCCCCUGCCUUAAAGGGGGCACCCCGGCCUCGGAGGGGGCAUCCCUAGGGCUCGAGGGGCAGCGGCGCUGCUAUCCUCGUUCUCGGCCAGUGGGGCGCAGAACUGGCGCGGGAGAGGACUCCCGGCCACCUGCAGGUACCGCCGCGCCGAGGGAGAGUCUCUAGGAGCGACGCUGGACUGCCGAAGAGGCUAGAAACGAGGGACCACUAGGACAGCGAAGGGCAGGAGCGGAGCCCCGAGGCACAGCGGGCCAGACAGCCUGUGGUCCCCGACGGCGCGCUCCCGGGUCAGCUAACAUCAGGUAGACCUCGCGCGGCGGCCGGGGCACGGCGGCGGCGCCCUCGGGCCUCGGGGCCUCAGGGCCGCCAGCCAUGACCUUCGGGCGCAGCGGGGCCGCCUCGGUGGUGCUGAACGUGGGCGGCGCCCGGUACUCGCUGUCCCGGGAGCUGCUGAAGGACUUCCCUUUGCGCCGCGUGAGCCGGCUGCACGGCUGCCGCUCGGAGCGCGACGUGCUCGAGGUGUGCGACGACUACGACCGCGAGCGCAACGAGUACUUCUUUGACCGGCACUCGGAGGCCUUCGGCUUCAUCCUGCUCUACGUGCGCGGCCACGGCAAGCUGCGCUUCGCGCCGAGAAUGUGCGAACUCUCCUUCUACAAUGAGAUGAUCUACUGGGGACUGGAGGGCGCACACCUUGAGUACUGCUGCCAGCGGCGCCUCGACGACCGUAUGUCCGACACCUACACCUUCUACUCCGCGGAUGAGCCCGGCGCGUUGGGCCGCGACGAGGGGCGACCCGGCGGUGCCGAGACGGCCCCCUCUAGGCGCUGGCUGGAGCGCAUGCGGCGGACCUUCGAGGAGCCCACGUCGUCGCUGGCCGCGCAAAUCCUGGCCAGCGUGUCAGUGGUGUUCGUGAUCGUGUCCAUGGUGGUGCUGUGCGCUAGCACACUGCCUGACUGGCGCGCCGCGGCAGCCGACAACCGCAGCCUGGAUGACCGGAGCAGGUACUCUGCCGGCCCUGGGAGGGAGCCCUCCGGGAUAAUUGAAGCUAUCUGCAUAGGUUGGUUCACUGCAGAGUGCAUUGUGAGGUUCAUCGUCUCCAAAAACAAGUGUGAGUUUGUCAAGAGACCCCUGAACAUCAUUGAUUUACUGGCAAUCACGCCGUAUUACAUCUCCGUGUUAAUGACAGUAUUUACAGGCGAGAACUCUCAACUCCAAAGGGCUGGAGUCACCUUGAGGGUGCUUAGAAUGAUGAGGAUUUUUUGGGUGAUUAAGCUUGCCCGUCACUUCAUUGGUCUUCAGACACUUGGUUUGACUCUCAAACGAUGUUACCGAGAGAUGGUUAUGUUACUUGUCUUCAUUUGUGUUGCCAUGGCAAUCUUUAGUGCACUUUCUCAGCUUCUUGAACAUGGUUUGGACCUGGAAACAUCCAACAAGGACUUCGCCAGCAUCCCUGCUGCCUGCUGGUGGGUGAUUAUCUCUAUGACUACAGUUGGCUAUGGAGAUAUGUAUCCUAUCACAAUGCCUGGAAGAAUUCUUGGAGGAGUUUGUGUUGUCAGUGGAAUUGUUCUGUUGGCAUUACCUAUCACUUUUAUCUACCAUAGCUUUGUGCAGUGUUAUCAUGAGCUCAAGUUUAGAUCAGCUAGAUAUAGUAGGAGCCUCUCUGCUGAGUUCCUAAAUUAAUGCACUGCAAAUCAAGUCUUGCAUACACUUUGAUUGAAA